UUUUCAAUUCAAUUGAAACAAAACUGAACUUUAAUUUAUUUAUUUAUUUUCUUAAUUUAACAAUAAUGCCUGAUAUAAAAGAAAUCCUCCUCGAGACACCCAGCAGUAGUGGAGAAUCUGAGAAACGUCCUGAGCCAUGUCAAAGAAAAAAGAAGAAACUCACAAAAUCUGGUUCUUCUUCGGCUAUUUCCAGUUCACAAAUUCCUCGAUCAAAUUCAGUUGUUCAUCAUCGCGUUGAUACAAAGUUACCACUUUCAGUGAGAAAACCUAAGGAAACUCUACAUUCCGUUGCACCAUAUCGUUUAAGGAAGUCCUUUUCCCAAAUGGAUAUGAAAAUGUCGAAAAAUAUCAAUGGUCGCUUUCAACGUCAAAAUAAUUGUAGCACCAUAGCCUUGCCCAAAACCAUACUCAAACCAUUAAUCGUCCCGAAUAAGGACAUCGUUUACCCUUCGAAAGACAAUGGCUUUUACUAUAUGGUCAACGAACCUGAGUGUGGUGAGUUUGGGUCGAAAUUUGCUGGAAUGAAAAUAUUCGCCACAAUCAUGCUAAAUUCUUGGCGAAAGAGAAGGGACGAUGUUAAACGUUUAACUGAAGAGGUCGAAAGGCUUGAAAAAAGGGGUAUCAAGGUAAAAAACCAAGUCCACGUUCUAAGUUCAGUCUUUCGCAAUGAACAAAAACAAAAUGAAAAACUGCAUCGACAGCUUCGUCAUGCAUCUCAGGACAUUCAAACAUUGCAAUCAUCAGUUGAGAAUCUAACAACUUCUUUGAUCAGUGCAAAGGCUGAUUCGGCAUUCUUUGAGCAACAGUUCCAUGCUAAAGAACAGGAGAAUGAAUCUUUGAAUAAUAUUAUUGUGGAAACUAAUAGUCAAUUAUUCAAGUCAAUGACUCAAGUUCGUCAUCUGCAAACAAGUUUGUCCUGUGAACAGCGGAGUGUCCAGCAGCUGGAAAAUCAAAAGAACGAACUUUUAAAUGAGGAUGUUUCCGGCAGAAUAGUUCUAAUAACUGGCGGCGGUGGUGGUGUUGGACGUUUGCUGGCACUAAAUUUUGCAAAGCUUAACGCUAGAGUCGUUAUAUGGGAUAUUAGUCAAGAAGCUCUUAAAACAACCAUAGAUCUCCUAUUAGCAAAUGGAUUCACAUGCAAAGGUUAUGUGGUUGAUAUUUCCGAUCGUGAACAAGUCUAUGAACGAGCCGAACAAGUUAAAGAAGAAGUCGGUGAAGUUGAAGUGUUGAUAAAUAAUGCAGGAGUAGUAUGUUGCAAACCAUUCUGGGAUCUUCCUGACAGGGUCAUUAAAAACACCUACAACAUCAAUAUAAUUUCUCAUUACUGGACAGUUAAAGCCUUCCUCCCAGAAAUGAUGAAAAACAAUCGCGGUCAUAUUGUAACAGUUGGUUCGGUAACAGGACUUUUGGGAACUUAUGGCUGCAGCGACUACAGUGCAACAAAAUUCGCUUGCAAUGGAUUCCAUGAGAGUUUAUACACAGAUCUCCGAACACAUGGUUAUGAUAAUAUCGGUAUGACUUUAGUGUGUCCGUAUUAUAUUAAUACGGGCAUGUUUGCUGGAGUAAAACCAAGAGCUAUUCCAAUGCUUGAACCACAGUAUGUUGCUGAUGAAAUUACCAAAGCAAUGCGGAGGAAUGAGAAUUGGUGUGUUCUACCGAAUCAUAUUAGAGCUUUGACACCUUUGAAAUGUAUUUUACCAUCGAAAAUGUGUUGGGAAUUGAUGUCACGAGUCAUUCGAGGUCCACAAUCUAUGAUGCUUUUCAAAGGAAGAGGCAGAGUUGCAGCUGGAUAAGAAGCUAGUUAUUUAGUUUCGUUAGCAUGUAAUUGAAUUAUUGUUGUCUUUUGAAAGAAAACUACCAAGUUUUCAAGUUAAGACUGCUAAUAUGCCAAAGUUGGCUUUUCGAAAAAAAAAACAUUU